AUGAUAUACACCCAUCCAACCCCCCAAUCCACCCUCCUCCCAAUCCUCCACUGCCAUCUCCCAAAUUGCAUCCCUCUCUAUCGACGCAUCCAACAUGCUCUCGUCCACGAUAAUCCCUCCCACUCCUUCUCUCUAGCUACCUUUCCCCCUUCAUCACCUCCAUCUUCUUCAUCUCCCUGGCUAGCAGCACACGUCAACCUCUACCGCGGCCGGGAAACCCAACUCUUCCUGUACUCCAGUCUCGAGCAGCAAUCGUCGACAGUGCCAGUUCUAGCCCUGCAUGAUGGGACAUACACCGCAGAACUGACGGCCUCAGACGCGGAAAAGGAUGUCGGCCGCACCCAACUCCUCGCGUUGCUGGGCUAUCUCAAAACCAACCUCCUCCCGGUCUAUCUCUCCUUCUUGGAAGAGCAGCAGCAGGCAGCGACGAAUGUUGAAGAAAAGGGGGUAGCCAAAAUCGCCCCGCCGCCUUCUACAGCUUUCUUAGUUGGCAGUCUGCAUACGGGUGUUUUGGCUCUUCUGACCAAGGAGGAGUCGAGUGGGUUGGAGUCGAGCGUUUCCAGCCUCAGUGGGAAUAGUGUCAGCUCCAGCAUCAGCAACGAGAGCAUCACUGCAAGUGGGAACGAACUUGAACAUGAACAUGAACAUCCCCUCCCACCAGGCUACUUCUACCACGACCGGCACGGCAAAUCCGGCAUCCAGCCAAAAGACUACAGUCUCGUCGCGAGUCGGACGAAAAUCCCCCGUUCACCAGAAAGUCUAUCCAAGAUGUUCGGGAUGGCUAUCUACCAUCGUCCUGUUGCCACUGAGGCAGUUGAUGAACCAGAGUCAGAAUCAGAAUCACCCGUCGCGUGGGCCUUUCUGGGCUAUGAAGGUGCCCUGGCUACCCUGCAUGUGGAGCCUGAGCAUAGAGGACAGGGACUAGCGAUUCAGCUCGUCAAGGAGACGUUGCGGCGUGGUUUGAGAGAUGAUGGGGUGUUUGGGGAGGAGAGCAAGUAUACAUGGGCUCAUGUUGAUGUGACCCUGUCUAAUGCUGCGAGUCGGAGAGUUAUGGAGAAGGUCGGGGGCAAGAUGUCUUGGACCGAUACGUGGGCGAUUGUUGAACUGCUAUAA